AUGGAAGCAGUCUGGUGCUUCAGGGGCCUGUGGUCAUUCAAAGAUGACCUGCAACAACUCAGGGCAGCUUUAGAAGAAGUAGAAGGAGAUGUGACAGAACUGGAACUGAAACUUGACAAGCUGGUGAAGCUUUGUAUUGCAAUGAUUGAUACUGGGAAAGCAUUCUGUACGGCGAACAAGCAGUUCAUGAAUGGGAUUCGAGACCUUGCACAAUAUUCCUGUAAAGAUGCAUUGGUUGAGACCAGCUUGACAAAGUUCUCUGACACCUUACAGGAAAUGAUCAAUUAUCACAAUAUCUUGUUUGACCAAACCCAAAGAUCAAUUAAAGCACAGCUUCAGACUUUUGUUAAAGAAGAUAUUCGGAAAUUUAAAGAUGCAAAGAAACAGUUUGAAAAAGUUAGUGAAGAAAAAGAGAAUGCUCUAGUAAAAAAUGCCCAAGUUCAAAGAAAUAAGCAACAUGAAGUAGAGGAAGCAACCAAUAUUUUGACUGCAACACGGAAAUGUUUUCGACAUAUAGCUCUGGAUUAUGUUCUUCAGAUCAAUGUUCUUCAGUCUAAAAGGAGAGCAGAAAUCUUAAAAUCAAUGUUAUCAUUUAUGUAUGCCCAUCUUGCUUUUUUCCAUCAAGGCUAUGAUCUUUUUAGUGAACUUGAGCCCUACAUGAAAGAUCUUGGUGCACAGCUGGAUCAGUUGGCUGUAGAUGCUGCAAAGGAGAAGAGAGAUAUGGAGCAAAAGCACUCCACUAUUCAACAAAAGGAUUAUUCCAGUGAUGAUACUAAACUAGAAUACAAUGUAGAUGCAGCCAAUGGUAUUGUUAUGGAAGGUUAUCUAUUUAAGCGAGCCAGCAAUGCCUUCAAGACUUGGAACAGGCGCUGGUUCUCAAUACAAAAUAACCAACUUGUGUACCAGAAGAAAUUUAAGGAUAAUCCCACAGUAGUUGUUGAAGAUUUACGGCUUUGCACAGUUAAACACUGCGAGGACAUAGAAAGACGUUUCUGUUUUGAAGUGGUUUCUCCAACAAAGAGCUGCAUGCUUCAGGCUGACUCAGAAAAGCUGCGACAGGCAUGGAUUAAGGCUGUUCAGACUAGUAUUGCUACAGCAUAUCGAGAGAAAGGGGAUGAAUCUGAGAAACAGGAAAAGAAAUCAUCCCCUUCUACUGGAAGCCUAGAACCUGGCAGUGAGACAAAAGAGAAGUUGUUAAAGGGAGAAAGUGCUCUACAGCGAGUUCAGUGUAUUCCUGGUAAUGCUGCCUGCUGUGAUUGUGGUUUGGCAGAUCCUCGCUGGGCCAGUAUCAACCUAGGAAUCACGCUGUGCAUUGAGUGCUCUGGGAUACACAGGAGCUUGGGAGUCCACUUUUCAAAAGUGAGAUCUUUAACACUGGAUUCAUGGGAACCUGAACUUCUAAAGCUUAUGUGUGAAUUGGGAAAUGAUGUUAUAAAUAGAAUAUAUGAAGCCAAGUUGGAAAAAGUGGGAGUAAAGAAGCCACAAUCUGGAAGCCAAAGGCAGGAGAAGGAGGCAUACAUCAGAGCAAAAUACGUGGAAAGAAAGUUCGUAGAGAAGCAGCCUGCAUCAGUAUCUCUGCUUGAACCUGGAACAACAGUUUUGCCUCAAAGUCAGGAAGAGAAAAGGCACAGUGGCCCUGAAAAAUCCCUUUUGGCAGGGGAACAAGUACAAAGCAGUGACAGUGGGAUCCAGCAGAGUGCUGACGACAGCAGAGAACACCUUGCCUCUACUAUAUCAGCUAACAGUUUGUAUGAACCAGAAGGAGACAAGCAAGAAUCUUCUGUGUUCUGUGACUCCAAACAGCCUAGUCCAGGACUGCAGCUGUAUCGAGCUGCCUUUGAGAAGAAUCUUCCUGAUAUGGCAGAAGCAUUGGCCCAUGGAGCUGAAGUAAACUGGGUCAACGUAGAAGAAAACAAAGCAACACCACUCAUUCAGGCGGUGCGAGGGGGUUCAUUGGUUACUUGUGAAUUCUUGCUGCAGAAUGGGGCCAAUGUGAAUAUCAGGGACGUGAAAGGAAGAGGACCCCUGCACCAUGCCACAGUUCUAGGACACACUGGACAAGUGUGUUUAUUCCUAAAACGAGGAGCUAACCAGCAUGCCACUGAUGAAGAUGGGAAAGAUCCACUGAGUAUAGCAGUAGAAGCUGCAAAUGCAGAUAUUGUAACACUGUUGCGCUUAGCAAGGAUGAAUGAAGAAAUGCGUGAAUCAGAAGGACUCUAUGGACAGCCAGGAGAUGAAAUCUAUCAGGACAUUUUUCGUGACUUUUCUCAAAUGGCAUCAAAUAACCCAGAGAAGCUAAACCGUUUCCAGCAGUCAGAUUCCCAGAAGUCUUAAGUGUCAAGAAGGAAAAGAAGCUGGUUCUUAUAGUGCAAGUCUUUUUUUACUUUAACAGAAUGAAUUAUAUGCAUUUUGUUAGGUAGUUUGGAUAAAGUGACCACUCUAAUGUAGCUUUAGAUUGUGGUAGCUGGGGAAAUGUAUGAGUUGUUUUAUAUUCUACAGUACGUAUACCUCAGCAGCUGAAGAAAAUGUUUAAAAAAGGAAUACCUGCUAGCUCAGUGUAAAAAUAGUACCUGUUAGCAAGUACAAAGUUUGUCCGUGGCCCAAAUAUAAAGUUAGCAGAGCAUAGCUGCAUGCGUUGCAGACUCUGGAUGGCAGAAUGAUCAGACCAGCUUUGCAAUUUAGUGUCCCCUACUGUCAUCUGUCUCCCUGUUGCCAUAAAGAAUGUGCCUCUGGCCAGAAGGUCUGGGUUGCAUUUUCUGGGACUGUUUGGAAGGGAAAUCAGAUAAUGACUUACUGAGUUGUCCUCCUAUUGUGGGCCUGUAACUUAACAGGUUCUUUUGUUCCUGUGUUGACUGUGGUUAGAGGUAAGCUGUUAAUAACAAGACAUGGUAACUUCUGCUCUUUUGCAAGCUCUCUUUCAGUGGAAGCUUUAACACCAGGCUGGCCUUUAUGCUAGUGACUGCGGGUCAGUCACAACCAGUAUAUAUCCUGGAGGACCAAACUUCUAAGAGCAAUCUAUUUACUUUUUUUUUUUCCCCUCUUAAAUUAAACUUUCUGUGCAGCAAGUAUACUUUUAAAUGAGCAUGUGGAACCUUUCAUGAAAAAUAAACUUAAUCCUGCUGGACAUGACAAGGGGUUUGUUUGCCGUAUUUGGUCAUCAAAGCUUGACAUUUGAGACAUGAAAGUAAAUAUUGAGCCAAUGGAGUUUGUAGAGUAGUUCUAUGAAGGCUGCUUGUUACCUUCUCUCUUUGCUGUUCUCACUACCAGACCUAAGCUGAAUACAUAACAUCUCGUAAUGCAGCCACCCUAAAUUUAGGGCAAUCAAUCCUUUAUCUCAGGAAGCAGUAUCCUUUAUAUAAUCUACAAAGAUGUAUAUGUAUACAUGUUGCCUAAACUAAGGUGUGCACAAGAAAACCUAGGGAUUUCACUGCACAUUUUUUGCAAAGCAAUGAAAGAGCAAUACUCUCCAGCUGUAUUCUGAGGGCAGCAACUCAGUUUGCUUUAUUGAAUAGCGAGCUCCAGUCUGCUGAUGUGCAUGUAUAAAUUGUGUCUGUAGAUACAUGCUUAUGUGUCAGGUUAUUUAAUAUCUAGAUAGUAAUCACCUGAAGCUCCAAACCAGCAGAUACAAUUCUUUACGCUCUGUUUGUCUGCCCUAUGGACAACUUAAGGAGAAUUUUUAGGUAACGUAGUGUCAAUCUGAGUUUUUAGCAACCCUAAUAGCCAUGACGUUAUGCUAAUCUGCUGUUUAAAUGUACUUAGGAAAUUAAUUGGCUUUCCUACAAGCUGGCUAAGAUAAGCAAAAUUGGAUAAAAUGUUUCUGUAAACUGUAGUAAAAUUAAACUUUCUGGCAUAUUAAAUUUUAACUAGGUAUUUCAAAUAUUUAUAAUUUUGCCUCAAAUGUAUAAUAAAGCAUCAAAUCUGGAUGACUGUUGCUGCAAAGUUAAUAGCAUUUUAGAAUUGUCCAAUAGAUUCUUUUUUCAAGCAGAAGAAUCUUACAAAACAGUUCUUGCUUCGUGUAUCGCCUAAUUAUGCUAGGAAAAGCAGAUUCUGCCCAUUUUAAGAGUGCAUUUAGUCCAAAUAGUAAGAAACUUAGGAAUAUCACCUGUAAGCAGUAAUUUCUGGUAAGUUGUUUUUUAAGUAGCUGUCUAUGAAAUGAUAAUAUACUUCCUAAUCUGCAGUAUUUAACAGCAGUGGAUGUUUUAGUAGAUCUUAGAGAAAGUAAAACUCCCAGUGUGCAGAUGGGACGAUGUAAGAUACGACUAUGUAUAGUAUACACUUUAAACGUAGGGUUUUGUAAAGAUUUUGUCUUUUGUAUCCUACAGGACAGGCAGUAUAUAGUGUGAUUGGCUGUCAUGUAAAGCUUCCUAAAGCUUAAUGGCGUAAUUGCUAUCUCAGUCUGUGCUGCUGGAAAAAUGUCAGACACUUAUUUCAGAUCUCCACUGGUAUUUUCCUUCCUAGCCACAAAAAUCUGCAUGACAUAUUUUGCAGGACAGCUUCCUGUAGACAAAAAGUUUCUUCCCUGUAGCUCUGCAGAUCCACGUGCUGCAUUUCCAACUCUUACCUGUCUGGGAAGCAGUAUCAGUCUGUUUAUGCUAACAGACUAAUAACGUAUGUGAUCCACAGCUUAUAUUACUCUUGUCAGGAACUUUGGAGUUUUAAUGGUUCAGGGAGUGGGUAUGUCACUUCUGAUCCUGCAGCCUCGUUCCCCAAUCCUUUUAGGUAUGCUAGGAUGUCCAGCAUAAACUGCAUUCAGUUAAAGCUUUUUUUUCAGGUCAGGUGCAAUCAUGUGUUAGGAUGUUGCUCAUCAGCAAAAAUGAAUAUGCUAUUAAGCUGCCUGAAAUGUAUUGAGAGUUUAGUCCUACCAAACACUGGCAGGCUCGGCGCUCCGGGGCUUCUCUUAACUCGUAGGAUUCAGCCCUUGGUAAUACGAAGUGUGAGUAUCUCUAGUACUCUGAAGAUCAGGCUUUCUGUAUCGACUUCUGACUCAAGUGUUAAUCUUCUGCUCUGUAAUAUUAGGAAACUGCCAUUUUUAUUACAAUGAUUCAGCCUUCAGUAAUACAAAGUAUGAUUAUCUCUAGUACUCUGAAGAUCGGGCUUUCCAUGUCGAAGUUCUGAGUCGAGUGCUAAUCUUCUGCUCUGUCAGGAAGGAAACAAACUUCCAUUCUUAUGACAAUAUGAAUCUGAGUAUAACUAGAAAUAAUAGACAGUAAGGCUCCAUUGUGGGUUAACAUCUUGUACUCUGUACCAGGUAAUGGAAAGCCUCAAUUCCAGUUCAUGUUUCUCUGUAGGUAUGAGGUAUAAUAGGCCUUAAUUGGUGAGGUACGAAGCAGUAGAUUCCUUACACGCUUUAAAAUCAGCUUCCAAAUAGGGUUUUAGUAAUUUACUAGACAGCCCACUGAAAGAUUUUACAGUAUUUUUCUUAGCCAGAGUUAGCUCAUGUGUUCCAAAGAUCUCUUGGAAAGACAAAUGUCGAGAGCUCAACAUAUAUUCUAAUGCAUCUCGAUUUCAGAGGCAUAAUUUACUGACAUUGAAUGUUGAUUAAAAUGUUGUCUGUGGUGUCUCCUUAGUGGUCUGUUCUGUUUUGAUUGUUCGUAAGGUUUUAUAUUUCAUGUUAAUGUCAGUACAGUGCAUAUAAACUUAAAAUUCUGAGUUAUCAUACUGGAUCACGUUGCUGAAUUGUUAGACACGCUGGAAUUUAUUCCCAUAAAUUUGGGUGAAGGUGGUAGAUGGUAGAAGUCGUGCUUGGCUUUCACAAGCUGCACGUGUUGCAGUCUGAAUGCGUGUUUCAGUUGUUCAUUACUAUGUUGUAGUCUUCAGCUUCCUUACCAAGAAGUCACUGAAAUCUGUAGCGGUCUUUCCACUGAUUUCAGAGGCUUUGGAUUGCACCUUUUGUGGCUUCUACUGUUAGUGUGUUAAAGGAUCCUGUAUUAAUACUGCACUUUUCACACUCUGGGGUUUUACAUUUUACCUGGUUAUAUACUGAGCUGAAAUAGUUUUAGAAAAUGCAACCAGACCUUCCCAACUGCUGUCUGCAAAUCCCCAUACAAGAGGAAGUUUCUCCUGUUUUGCAGUAUGACCUCAGUACACAUGUUGUCCAAAUUUGAGUUCUCCCUGAUAGAGCAAAAACCUUAUAGCACUAAAGAAAAAAAAAGAAGGUGCGAACUAGAAUAAGCAUGGGGUGGGCUGUGAUGUUUCCAGGAUGUUGGUGUUUCUCCACAGUCAUCUGUUCUCAAGUAUGGAUGUUAACUCUGCCGUUUGAUCAUGAGAAUCUCAAAUGACACAGUGAAUAAAAAAGGACCAUUUCAUAGAAUUAUAAGUAAUGUGUAAGUAGUAAGGGUGUAACACUUUUACACUAGCAAAAGGACUGAGCUGAUGAUUUAA